UCUGGGGUGCCCGCUGGCUUCCACGAUGAUUCUAUGUGGAGAGUGUCGACAGCUGACUCUAUGACAGCUGGCUUCGUAUCAUUAAACAAUGACACGAAAACGCUGAGACUCGUGGGUCGAACGGGUCGCUAAUCGUUUCGUGGUCACACGUUCAAAAUGGAGCAAAAAAAACAGGCAAAAUUUGAUGACAUUUUCAAUUUUACAAAAUAGACUUAAGCCAGGCUGUUCGGCGCGACGAACGAUAUCUAAGUGCCCUAUUGUCGUCCUUCAACGCGUGAUAUGAAUUUUGCAGUUGAAGUUCUGAUGCAGUGUUAAAAGACGUGACAAAUCUGUGCGGACUCAAGUCUAUGAGUGGGUUGGAUACAAUCUAGGUUCGCAUCGUAUUGGCGUAACGUCUUACUUGAGAUUAACUACAAAGGUUUCGAAACAAUGACAAGAGGAGUGUCUACUAUUCAGACUAUCACGCUACGACUCCUGUUGGGGGCGCUGACGGUGAUGGCUCGCAUAUCUGAUUAUGUACUAUUCCCGCUGAUCUCGGCCUUUCGACACGGUUUGUGGAAAGCCACAAUACCACCGAUUAAUGAUCGAUUAUUGCUAAUGAGCGCUACAGAAAUCGCAGACAAGAUUCGCUCGAGAGAGCUGACGAGCGAACAUGUUGUUGGUUCGUUUAUCAGAAGACUUCGCAAUAUCAACCCGAUACUGAAUGCAGUCACCGAUGAAAGAUACCAGAAUGCAAUCGAGGACGCUCGAAAAGUGGAUGAAUUGUUGGACUCCUGCAGAGGAGAUACCGUUCGCCUUGAAGAAUUGAGACAAACAAAACCAUUCUUAGGGGUACCAAUAACGACAAAGAACGCUCUGGCGGUCAAGGAUCUCGGUCAUGAAUCGGGAUUGUAUAUACGCCGUGGCAUCAAGGCCACCGAGGAUUCGGUUGUGAUGGGUGCUGUCCGCGCGGCAGGUGCCAUUCCUCUUGCAGUUACCAACACUCCUGAACUUUGUCUCUGGCUAGAAAGUAGAAACAAACUUUUCGGCACAACUCGCAAUCCUUACGAUACUAGAAGAACCUGCGGAGGCUCAAGUGGCGGGGAAGGUGCUAUUCUAUCGGCCUGUGGCUCCCCGCUUGGAGUAGGCACUGACAUCGCCGGCAGUAUUCGAAUACCGUCAUUCUACAAUGGACUAUUUGGACUCAAGCCGACAAUACAUACUGUGGACACUACUGGACACUAUCCAAUGGCAGGAGAUAUUCUGGCCCCGCUGCUGACGGCCGGUCCGAUGUGCAAGCAUGCCAGAGACCUUCGACCACUACUAGCUCAAAUUGUCGGACCAGAAAAUGCUAAAAGGAUGGCUUUGAACGAGAGCCCUGAUCUUUCUGUCCUCAAGGUAUACUACAUGGAGGAUCUUAACUGUCCCAUCAUUCCGGCAAGUACCUCUGAGCUACGCCGGUGGACCCACAAGGUUGCUGACUUUAUUGCUACAUUUUCAAAAUCAGUCACGCUUCAAUUACCAGCGGGGCAAUCGAUUAGUACAGGAAUGGCGAAAGCAACCCAAAUCUAUAUCGCCUAUCUUGCCAAGGCUGAUAUACCGACCUUCGCGGAAGAGCUUACAAUGCGCAAGGGCAAAAUUCAUCCAGGACGCGAACUUAUAAAGUGGGCCUUAGGCAUGUCGAAGCACAACUUUCCAGCCCUAAUCGUCACCCUUAUGGAGUUAAUUAUAGCUGGACACCGGAAUUCACCUAUUACGAACUACUUCUAUAAUCUAAGCAAGAAGAUGGAAAAGGAACUAGAAGUGCUUCUGGAGGAUGCCAUUCUUGUCACACCUACUCUUCCUGAUGUUGCCCCAUUUCAUGGACUAACCGUUCUUCGUCCUGGAAUCUUGGGAACAACUGGUAUUUGGAACAUCUUGGGUUUUCCUGCACUCACAGUUCCAUUGGGCCUCAACUCGCAAGGGAUGCCCCUCGGCGUCACAGUCGUGGCUGGAAAAAUGAAGGAUAACGUUUGCUGUCAGGUGGCAAUUGAACUUGAAAAGGAGUUUAAGGGUUGGAGACCUCCCUGCGAAGUCAAUAUUCAUUAGCCAUCUCCGCAGACGAGGUUCCACUACCAUUCACUCCUGGGCGCGUUCUCGGCGACAACCUCAUAUUCUAGUCCAACAUCGGAUAAUUUUUUAGUAAAUCGAAUCAUUACAAAAGUGUAUGACUGACCAAUAACGCGCAGUUAUUCGUGAGGCCCAAAUGGAACCUAUACAGCAGAUAAGAAUUCUCUACGCUUCUUAUUAACUAGAACACGUCAGAAAUCAAUUGUGAUGUACCAGUUUGCGACCCGUUCGUAUUGACGAAUUCAGAACGGAGAUUCAUGCGCCGUCCAUUGAUCGAACGCAGAAUGAUAAAUGAAGUAACAAAACGGGAUUUUUAUUUAAUGAGCAAAUACAGUAUAUAUGCAAUUUUUAAUUGCAAAAUAGAUUGGAAGAACCUAGCUACCUUGAAUUUUGCGAUUCCUUUUUAUUGGUUAAGGCAAAAUUAGCGUAAUACGAGGUUGUUCCCAUAUUUCUGAGUUUGUUUAUGAGAGAUGAACGUCUUCGAUUUUGGCAGAACUUAAAAGGCAAGCUAUUCGAGGAACAACCUAUUUGUUGUAGAAUUUACUGUUUAGAAAGUUGUCAAUAGUAAUAAUGACAAUAAUAAAAAAUAAACUUAUUUAUUCUACUGUGAAGUUA